ACAGGUUCCAGAAGACACCGGACCAUUCACAAAGCGCAGCGCUUCUCGCACAUGCGCAGUCCGCAGUCUCUUGGUCAUCACCUGUACUGUCUGCAGUCUCUAGUCAUCCCCUGUACUGUCUUCAGUCUCUGGUCAUCCCCAGUACUGUCUCCAGCCUCUGGUCAUCCCCUGUACUGUCUGCAGUCUCUUGGUCAUCUCCUGUACUGUGUCCGCAGUCUCUGGUCAUCCAUGUACUGUGUCCGCAGUCUCUGGUCAUCUCCUGUACUGUGUCCGCAGUCUCUGGUCAUCCAUGUACUGUGUCCGCAGUCUCUUGGUCAUCUCCUGUACUGUGUCCGCAGUCUCUGGUCAUGUCCUGUACUAUGUCUGCAGUCUCUGGUCAUCUCCUGUCGUAUGUCCGCAGUCUCUGGUCAUCUCCUGUACUAUGUCCGCAGUCUCUGGUCAUCUGUAGUAGGUCUGCAGUCUCUGGUCAUCUGUAGUAGGUCCGCAGUCUCUGGUCAUGUCUGUACUAUGUCCGCAGUCUCUGGUCGUCUCCUGUACUGUGUCCGCAGUCUCUGGUCAUCCCCUGUACUGUCUGCAGUCUCUGGUCAUUUCCUGUACUAUGUCUGCAGUCCACUG